CCGCUUGGUCGCAUCAUGGUUGGCCCCAAACCCACCAUUGAGGUCCCAAGGUGGAUGUGGAUUGUCGUGUCUCAUCAAAAUAAGAUUGUUAAAUCACUUAAAAAGAAUUAUGUACGAUCUUAUUUCCUCAAACAACCAAACAAUGGCAUAAUCAGGAUAUUUCGACGGGCAGUGCGUUUGAAUCGAACCCCGUUGUUUCCGCCUCCUCUUUCCCCCCCCCUUUGCCCUCGUUCCUCAACAGCCCCCGCUCUUCCGUCGUCAUCGUCAUCGUCGUCGCUCGUCCUCGUCGUCGCUGUCGUCGGCGGCGCGCGGUCAUACGUGGAUCUGUCCGCAACUUAGUAGCGGUGGACACUAAUUGCUGUGGGUGAAGGAUAAUUCCAUGGAUGGAACGCCUGGUGGGGGAAUUGACUCGUCCCUGGUUCACAUUCAGGGGUAGAAAAGAAUGAUAUCGAGAUGGAGAGAAAUGGAUUGAUGACUGCGCUUAUCAGAGAUAUCAUGGGGGCUGGUCUGCUUUCGUCGCCGGGGGGGGUAGGAGGAGGAAACAAUGUCGCCUGACUACUACUAACUAC